ACAGCCACCCCGUCUCAAACGGCAGUCGUUAGAAAAUCGUUCGUACAGUCAGUCCAUCGAGUUCACACGCACGCUCACCACGCGCACUCGUCGUCGACGCCGUCGUCGUACACUCACCGUACACUCAAACACGCGCGCCGAAAAUCACUACUUUUAACUAUAUUAUUAAAAUAUAUAAAUAAAUAUUUUUUACACGUACGGUAAAAUCUCGCGUCUCGUCGACUCCACACAUUUGCGAACCACACAGACACACGGACAACGGACCACAGACCGGCGAGCGUGUACUCCGGCUGCCACUGCCGCCCGACUAUAAAAAUUCGAACGUAAAUUCCUUUUUUAUUUGUAUGACUAUAUUACAGUAUACGACUAUACGAGCGAAUAUUUGUAUUUUUUUUUGAUUUUUGAAAAAUUAUCUUUUCCGCCGCAACGCACAUGUAAUUCGCGCGGGUCACGCCACGAGUAUACGAAUUUAACGUAAAUUACAUUAUUAAUAAUAUACCUACCGAUUUUCGCCGACCGGAUUAUCAAAGGAAAAAAAACGCUUUUAUCAAGUUAACGUAGAAAUUUAUUUUUCUAAAAACCACACUUUUUUUUCUCAAAAACCGUCGUUUCGUCGAAAACCGUCGCAGCAACAAAAAUGCCGGCCACGUUAUUUUCUGAACUGGAAUUCUCGACCAACCAACACAACAACAAGGUCAUCGAAGACACUCGCGCCCUGCAAGUGGCCCUGGAACUCAGCAUGUUGUACAUGAACGGCGAACAGCGACAACAGAAGGUGGACAACAACACUCUGUCCGGCGGCCAGAACAUGGACCAAUCCCCGAUGGCACCCAAUUACAUUCCCCACGGAUUCCCGGAAGAACCGAGGAACAAGAAGAGCCAGAACAUGACCGAAUGCGUACCGGUGCCCAGUUCCGAACACGUGGCCGAGAUCGUUGGCAGACAAGGUUGCAAAAUUAAGGCUCUCCGCGCCAAGACCAAUACUUACAUUAAGACUCCGGUGCGUGGCGAAGAACCCGUAUUUGUAGUGACAGGACGCAAGGAAGACGUGACCAAGGCAAAGAAAGAGAUACUGUCGGCGGCCGAGCAUUUUUCGCAGAUCAGAGCUUCUCGCAAGAACAUGGCUGGAACUCUGUCACCGCCAGGACCUCCUAGUGUUCCCGGACACGUUACGAUCCAGGUUAGAGUACCAUACAGGGUUGUUGGUCUUGUUGUUGGUCCUAAAGGUGCCACCAUUAAACGCAUUCAACAUCAAACUGGCACAUACAUCGUAACUCCUUCACGUGACAAGGAACCCGUAUUCGAUGUUACCGGCCUGCCAGACAGCGUGGAAACUGCCAAACGUGAAAUUGAAGCACAUAUAGCUCUGCGCACUGGCAAUGGCAUGACUGAUGAAGAGAAUGGUGUUGCCCUAGCUGCCCUCUGCAAAGCCAACCCAUUGGCCGGUCUUUUCGAUCUUACAGACUCAAUGGGUCCAGCUAUAUUAUCUGGCAGUUCAGGAUGCAGCUCUGGUUCAGUAAGCUCAUGCGGUUCUGGUGUAUCGGCACUUGGUGACUUGGGAAACAUAUGGUCAGAUGAAGGAAUUGGCGGAGAAUCACCGUCGUUUGAGAAUGUUGGCCUCUGGGGAUUCAUGGGAUCGUCCAGACCAUCUCCUGCAAGUUCAACAUCUCCACCGCCAGCUAAGAAGACUUGUUUAGUGUGUCACAUGAGAGAUAUUGACGCCGCUCUUAUUCCAUGUGGUCACAACUUAUUCUGCUUGGAUUGCGCAUCAAGCGCUUGCGAUUCAAACGGACUAUCUCACUGUCCGGUAUGUAAGAUACCUGCGCGUCAAGCUAUUCGCAUCAUCUCUUAAGCCAAGGACAAACAUAAAAAGUACCAUAAUAAAUCCCUUUUAUUUAGUACCUAAAUGAUUCCUAAAAACAGAUCCAAACAUUUAGUAUUAAACUUAGAUUAUAGUAAACACGACAUUUAUAUCGCUCUAUUUAGUGGAACGAAAAAAAAAGGGAUUCAAUCGAAGGCUGAUUGAUUUAAUUGACGAACAUAACAAAACGAGUCAUUUUUUUUAUUUAAUUAUUAUUAUUAAAUUAUUAUUCUUUUUAAAGAAUUUUUAUUAUUAUCCAUUUGGUUAUUGUGUAUUUUGUUGAUAAAAUAUGUUAUUUGUUUAGUUUUUUUUUCUCAAAAAUUGACCGACGAUCUCUAUGAGAAGUCGUGACUAGAAUGUUCUCGUCAGAAAACAUGACAUUUAAUAUAAAUGAUAUUGCCAGUGUUAGUGAUUAAUAAUUUAUUAUCAACAAAUUUUUCUCUUGAGUUUUUUUUUUUGUAGGUGUUAGAUUUUUAACACAAUUACUGUGAACAAAUGUUAAAAGUUUGUUUCAGUUUUCCUCACGACUGUGUAAGAUUUUAAUAAUGUAUACUGACAUAUCCCUUGUUAAGUUUUUUUACAAAAACCAUUUAAAGAAAUAAACAGCACCUACCUCCAACAUCCUUGGACCUUGGUGCUAAAUAAUAUAAUAAUUUUUUUCUUCACAGUUUACACAAAGUUUUUACAAAUAUAUGUAACAUAAAUUUUAUUAUAUAUAAAAGGUAUAUAAUAUAUAUUAUUCAAAGCUUAAUUUACAUCCAUAUAAGCCAUGGUCAUUUUUAAUAUUAUUUUCAUUCAUUUUCUUUUUUUUUACGCAAUUAAAUAAUUGAAAAAUUUCUAUAUAAUAUAUAAAUAUAUAUUUUAUAAAUUAUUUAAAAAAAUUGUUCCAUUCCGAAGCGGCACAUUUUAAUAGUAUAGGUGUGGUGAUCGGGCUGUGAUUUAAACUGCCAAUUUUCCCUUAUACCUCGACACCCCACCAUCUCGAACACCUUAUUUACAUUUAGACAUUUUUUACUAGCUAAUUAAAGCUCAAUUUAACUAAAAUACAAUCAUAUGGUAGAGUAGAAUAAAAUUAAUAAAAUAGGUUAUAUAUUAGUGCCAACACCGCUCGUCAGACAAAGACUGGAUGAAAAUUAGGAAAAUAAAAGUGACUCAUUUAAUAAUAAUUAAUGUAAAAGCUUAACAUGAGUGUGUGCUUGGUGCGUCAAAGGCAAUGCAAAAUAUAGACCUAAAUUUUAUAUCUACUUGUGUAAUAUAAUUUAUAAUUUUUAUAUAUUAAACUAAAAUGACAAAUAUUUUAUUAUUGUAAGUCCUAAUAUUGCCAAAUUUAAGAACCUUGAACAUUAAAAUGUGCCAUUUCGUGUUAAAAUAAUAAAAAUAAGAAGAAAAAAAUGAUAUUUUUUCCAAUAAAAUUGUUUACAUUUUGAUAUGUAGCAUCAUUAAAAUAAUAUUAAAUAUAUUUAUAUAUAAAUAUAAUUAAAUAAAUCUUAAUUUAAUGUCUAAAUACUUAUUCUUAUAUAUAUUAUAUAUUAAAAUAAUGUUGUGUAGUAAUUUUGGUUUUUAGAGUGAAUGAGGAAAUGUUAUAUCGUAACUAUUUAAAUACUCUUAAGAAAACAUUUAUUUAAAAAAAACAAAAAAAAGUUUUCGUUUUCUAGAGAUAUUAUACUUAAACAAAUUGUAUAUUUUUGUUAUUUAUUAAAUAUCCCCGCCCAUAACCCCUCCCGUAAUCAUUAUCGCCCUAUCCCAUCUCCACUGCAUUGUUAAGUAUGUAGUUAGGCUACUUAGUUAACUUUUUCUUUUUAUUAUUUUUAUACUUUUUUAUUUCAUAUAUUUAUCUGAAAAAAACUAAAUAGUUAUUUACAUUUUAAUUAUUACAUAUUUUUAUUAUUUAGUUGUGAUGUGUUAUUUUUUAAUAGUAUUUGAUGUUAAUACUGAUACUUAAAAAAUAUACCGAACUAGUAUUAUUUAUUAGGAUAUUUUGUUUACUUUUUGAUAUAAACAUUGUUCUGGUUUAUUUCUUAGUGCACAUUUUUUUUAUUCAUACUUUUUUAUUUAUAUAAAAUAAAAAAACCUUAUUGCUUUUUA